GAGAUGCUUGAAGAUCUGAUGACGUACCUGGCGUUUGGGGCUGCAAUGGCUGUCUUGUUUGUUGAGGCAUGGCCGUGGAUAUACUACGCUUUCGCUUUCCGCCAGGGGCUUCGGGGUUAUCCAUUUCGGAUGCAACGUUGGGAUUUGGAAUAUGAUAGAUCCUUGAGCGGUUGAGCCUCCUCCCUCCUUUCUUAUAUGAAGAAGGCCUUUGAUAUGCAGCGGCGCGGAGCGGGGAGGGAACGGCGGCGGAAUCGCAAUUUGCUGGCCACGUAGGCGGGAUGUCGGGGGCGGACUUGUGUGAAAUGAAAUGUUCACUGGAUUCUCUCGAUCUCUAGGUAUAUUUUCAACUGCGUAGGGUCGGUCUCGAACAUUCGGAGAGGCAUCGCAUUCAGCAGCGCACACAAGAAAGACGAGUUCCGCUGGAAGUCCCGCUCCUCCCAAAACUUCCCGCUUAGGGUUAGCGGCGGCCCAAGCUCCGCCGGACGACCAGGUGGAACAACCUGUAUCAAAGUUAAUCCCAGAUAACCUACUCGCCGAAGCCCAAACCCCGCGAUUCGAAAGCACAAAGUGCAAUUACAACAUUGCACAAAUCAGUCAAUGUCCGAACAUCAGGGCUCCCAGUCUCGCGGUGGACGCGGUGGUGGACGUGGAGGCGGGCGUGGAGGUGAACACAGAGGUGGGCGCGGCGGAGGUGGAGGGCGCGGCGGGCACAAUUCACAACAGCAGGAACGGCCAAAGAAGGAGAACAUUCUCGAUUUAAGCAAAUAUAUGGAUAAGAGGAUUACGGUGAAGUUCAAUGGUGGUAGAGAAGUUACUGGCGCAUUAAAGGGUUACGACGCGUUGAUGAACUUGGUCCUGGACGAUGUGCAGGAAGUCUUACGAGAUGAUGACGGAAACGAGACUACGCGAUCAUUGGGAUUGGUGGUGGCAAGAGGAACACUUCUGGUGCUAGUCAGCCCAGUAGAUGGGAGCGAGUCGAUCGCCAACCCAUUCGUACAGCAGGAGGAAUAAGAAUCUCGCGCCUGACUGGAUAGAACUGUGGCGUCCCGAACUACAAAAAUCGGAUAGGGAUGUGGCCAAGCUACCUGAAGAGGCUUUAGGUUAUUUUGCAAAGGCCACAGUCUUGAAGCACUGUCGUGUGCUAGGCAAGAGUUCUCAGCACCUGCCAUUCGGCCCUCGAUCUGCCACCACGAAGGCUCAUCAACAGUGUGUAGACAGCAUGUAGACAAAAUAUGAGCUAUAUGGACCGAUGUGGCUUCACCAAAUUCCGAAGUGUCUUGCUGCUACUUGUUGUAAGCCUCGAGUUUGGCUAGUAGUCCUUUUAUUGUAAAGUAUUAAAUUACACUAUGAUGGCUCGGUGUUGGUGGAUUCCUUCUUUGCCUUGCUUCUCUCCAGUCCCUCUCGUCUUAACCUCUCCCUCCUUACCUCCUUAUCCUCCCAAUCCCCGCCAUCUUCACCUCGCUUCUUUUUCAGCCCAUCUCCUGAGCUUCCCGCCUGAACACCUUCUUGCAAAGCCUUCC